AUGCAACUGACCCGCUGCUGCUUCGUGUUCCUAGUGCAGGGCAGCCUCUAUCUGGUUAUCUGUGGCCAAGAUGAUGGCCCCCCUGGCUCAGAGGACCCUGAGCAUGACGACCACGAGGGCCAGCCUCGGCCUAGGGUGCCUAGGAAGCGAGGUCACAUCUCACCUAAGUCCCGCCCCUUGGCCAACUCCACCCUCCUAGGGCUGCUGGCCCCACCCGGGGAGGCUUGGGGUGUCCUUGGGCAGCCCCCCAACCGCCCCAAGCAAAGCUCCCUACCCUCGACCAAGGUGAAAAAAAUAUUUGGAUGGGGUGAUUUCUACUCCAACAUCAAGACAGUGGCUCUGAACCUGCUGGUCACAGGGAAGAUCGUGGACCACGGCAACGGGACCUUCAGCGUCCACUUCCGUCACAACGCCACAGGCCAGGGUAACAUCUCCAUCAGCCUUGUACCCCCCAGCAAAGCUGUAGAGUUCCACCAGGAACAGCAAAUCUUCAUCGAAGCCAAGGCCUCCAAAAUCUUCAACUGCCGGAUGGAGUGGGAGAAGGUAGAACGAGGCCGCCGGACCUCGCUCUGUACCCAUGACCCAGCCAAGAUCUGUUCUCGAGACCACGCUCAGAGCUCAGCCACCUGGAGCUGCUCCCAGCCCUUCAAAGUCGUGUGUGUCUACAUUGCUUUCUACAGCACGGACUAUAGACUGGUGCAGAAGGUGUGCCCAGAUUACAACUACCACAGCGAUACCCCCUACUACCCAUCUGGGUGA